AUGGUUGCGCUGCUGCUGCUGGCGCUGAGUCACCAGCUCAGCGCGCUCGUGCAGCUGUCUGCCCAGGAAGCUGGCGUGCAGCUGCUCGACGGCUUCCACGGAAGCGGCCACUCAAUUGGGCUCGGCGGCCACGGCGGAUUCGGGCUCAGCGGCGGCGGCGGUGACGGCGGCGCGAGCGGACGGCAAUCGCCAGCCGCGGCUUUGGGCUCCCGGGCGGUCUCACGUGCGAGGAGCGCCCCUGUCAUCAGCCUGGGCGGCGCCAACCUGGCGCCGCCGGCGGCGACGUCCUUCCCGCGCUCGCUCGACGCCGUGCUCGGCGACCGCCGCGUCUGGCUGGGCGCCGCGGCGCUGCUCGCGCUCCUGCUGUCAGCGGAGCGGCUGGCAGACGGUGGCGGGCACCACGACGACGAGGACAGCAGCGGCGCGGACGCAGACAACGCGCUACUGCUGCGGCUCCUGCGGCGCGCCGUGCGCUUCGCGCUCGCCGCCUGCGGGCUGUCGCGCCUCGCGCCGCGCCCGCCGGCGGCGGGGGUGGCGUUUUUGGCACUGGCGGCGGUGACGUUGCUUAUGAUCAACGCACAGCUGGCGGUAUUGCUCAAGUGCCUCUGCGGCGGCUGGGCCGCGGUCGUGCUGCGCGUUGGGCGCUCUGCGUUUGGGGCGAGCGGCGUCGCGUCCGGCAGUGGCGGCGACAGCAGCGGCAGAGGUACUGCGGACGCCGCAGGGAGCGCGACGGCGCGCGUGGGGAACGGCCGCGGCGAGGGAUCUGCAGAGGAGGACGGCUGCGGCCCCUGCGACGACGCGUGCCCGACGGGCCUGUUUUCGGCGCCGACCGCGGUGCUCGGGGCGUGCGUCGCGGGGCCGCCCGGCGGGAAGCUGCCGCUCGGCUGCGGAGCCGCGGGCGCGGGGGGCUGCCUGCCGGAGCCGCCGGCCGGGCUGCCGCACGAGUGCGACUCGCGCUGUGGCGGCGGCGUGGGCGUCCCGCUUCUGCGGCUGCUGCUUGGGGCGAUCCAACUCGCGGUCGCAGCAGCGAUGUGCAUGCCGCACCCCGCG